AUGUCAACAAAUAAAGAAAAUGAUAAUAUUGACCUUUCAGAAAUAUUUAAUUUUAAUUUCGAAAAUAAAGAACAAGAAGAGAUUGAUAAUUAUACAUCUAAUAAUCAAAAUAAUGAUUUAACGAAUGAAAUAUCUAUUAAAAAAACUUGUAGUACACUAAAAUAUGAUUAUGAUGGAUGGUUUCUUACAUCAAUACAAACUAAUCAAUUACUCACACAAAAACUUGGUCCAAAUCGAUUAAAGCAAUCAAUAGAAUAUUAUUAUUUUCAUAAAAAUUAUAAAGAAGCAUUAAAAUUAUCACUAGAAUAUAUUGAUUUUGUUGAAGGUUGUAAUAAUAAAGAGAAUAAUGAAUUAAAUCCGAAUAGAUUGACUAGUACGCGUGAUAUGUUGGAAAUCGCUGCUCGUAGUGCUUCAAAAUUGGGUGAUUUCGAACUUGCAGUAAAAUGCGUUGACAAAUUGUCAUCUAAUGAACCUGGACAUAUGAGUUUUAAAGGACAGAUUUAUGCUAAAGGAGGCCGUUUUUCAGCACUUUUAUCUUUUCGUCGAUCUCUUAAAAUAAUGACAACAUCAAAGUGGAAAACUUCCAUCCUUUUUGUAAAUUCACGUUAUAUUAAAGAAAAAAAUCAAAUAGAAGAAUUAAUAAAACAAUUAGAACAUAUUGAUGCUCAAGAAGCCUUCGUGUGGCUGAAAAAUCAAGAUGAAAGUGAAAUAUUUGAAUUUAAUGUGGAUAUUAUUAGAUGGAUAUUAAUGGAAUGUAAGACUAACGUUAAUGAAGUCAUGGAGAUGGAUAAAGAACGAUCAGUGAAUCAAUUGUAA